CGCCAAACACGAAUGAGCCCAUCCAGUUCGAAACCGAAAUACUUAGAGACAUCGGACGAAGGUUUGUGAGGCUGGCUUUCGGCGGGGAGCAACCCACAUUACAUGUAAUGUGAAGAGCGCUGAUGCAUCUGUUGUGAGUAAAAGGUCGUCGUUGCUUGUCGUGCUGUUGAUGCCACAGACACACACAUGACGAGACGAUGAAGAGGGCAGCAGGACAGAUCCGAAAGGUCCGAAGAAACAAGGGAGGCGACAAAGAUGGUGGCUCGUUGGACGGAGCCAGUGAUAGUCAAGAGCACGUUGCGGAGAAGCCUGCGAGGCGAAAACCGACCGCGGAAGAAGCAGCCUUGACGGCCAAGAAUUAUCGACUGGCAAAAGAGUUGAGCGACUUGAGAGUACGACACCGCGAGGAAAACAAAAAUGUGUCCAGGCUCACCAUGGAGAAUAUGAAUUUGGCAACCCGCUGGCGAGAGGCAAUCAACCAUAUUGGAAUGCUCAAAAAGGAACUGGCCAUGCAGAAACACAGAACAAAUGAAGCCCUGACGCAAUUACAGCGUCAAAAAGCCUUGGCUUGUUCUCCGCAAUCACAAGGCUCGCUCUCCUUGGGACAAUCGCCUACCAACUCACUCGUAGAAGUUGCUGCAUCACGAGGAGCAUCUGGGGUGUUUCAGGACGUGGCAGCUGAAAUGGAUAAAAUGGACCGCCUCAUUGCUGCACAUCAAACAUCUUCGUCGCCACCCCCGCUGCCAAGAGCGAGUUCUAGCUUUGACGAAACUCCCAGCUUUGGAGCUCCAUCAUCGCCAAUUGUUAUGGACGUAUCCAACGAAUCAAUCAGAGAAAUUGAUGGGGAGGAGAAAAAGACUCAGGAAUCGAUGGACCAACCCAUCACGCCCAGUCCAGAAAAGGACGACAGCAAUAGCAAUGAAGAAUUCAACGACAAUGAGCAUGGUGGUGUGAAUUACUUUGCACCUUUCAAGGAUGCCAAAAACAUGGUCGAUGUGGACUCUAUAGGCAUAGACGACCCACCAUUUCAAUUGUCACCGGCAGCUUCUGUCACCCCAUCUGAAUCUCCGCCGCCAUCACCACCAAACCAAACAGAUUCACCUUCGGAAGAUUUAGAAGACAAGAUGCCGCAACAGAACAGCAGAAACGGUUCUCCCUCGUCUUUGUUUCCCAUGACCGCCUCUCCUGUCUUGGGUCGAUCCAAAGUGUUCAACGAAUCCUACCCAGGAGACAUUACACGGGAUGUUACGGCACAUCCCCGAAGUGCCGAGAGGCGACCCGCUGCAGACUUCAAAGACAUUCAGGAAGAAGACGACAGCGCCAUCGUAUCUUCCACGUCCAUGGGAUCCUCAAAAGCACAGCCGCCGCCACUACCACUCAGCAGCAUUGCAGCGUUCGACGCCUCCUUUGCGACGCCAUUCCCAGACAGCUUUUCACCUGCAGAUGAGAGCAACAAAUCGGAUGACAAAAAGACUAGCACCAGUCCCGAACCCAACGGAGACGAAUACAAUCCUUUCUUCCCCAGUCCCAGAAAGGAUGAGCAGCAACCAAAGAAUUCUGCGACUAGCAACAGCAAAUCACAAUCCGAAAAUUCAUCCGUGUCCUCGGCCGGAAUGAGUCGACGCGGGCAAGCUGACAAUGCUCCGUCGCCUGUCUUUAAUGGAAGGCCACGGACGGCUGUUGCUUCUGGUCUCUUUACUUCAACAACCUCAAUCACUGGCAACACGGUGGAUACUAGGCGAAGGCCAACACCCAGUUUCGACAACCCAGCGAAUACAUCCACACCCAACCAAUGGAAUCGAGGCGUUGCUGGUCUGACAAGUGGUGAUACUGGCAGCAUUGACGCAAAAGACCACGCCUCUAGUGGUGUCACUCGAUAUCAGACUCCACCCCAUGGGAAUCGAAGCCCCGAGAGCACCACCGGAAUGGAUUCGGAGGGGCCCAAACGGCCCGAAAAGACUGGGGCAGCUGCUGCUAGGGCACGCUACGAGAAAGCGCUGCAACCUCGAGGAUUCACGGGUGGCUCGCGCCGCUUUCCGAGACGAGCCGACAGAGAAGAGGAACAAGGCGCAAGUCCAGUAUCGGCCCCUUCGGUCUCGUUAGCUGAAAACAAAGUGGCCGCGGCGAAUGACAUUUCCGGCGGAAGCUCGAAUCAUGUAGUGACGCAAUCUAGUAGGGUCAAAGAGCGAGCGGCUUCCUUCGCGGGGAUGACGACUGUUGCUCCAGUCGGAGACAAAAGAGUAACCCGAGGGAGUUGGGCCGCCCGUCCCUCCCCGACGGAUUCCGUCGGCUCCAAGCCAUGGGAUGAGGAGGUUGGUGACAUCCCCAUGAGCACAUCGUCAUCCAGUAUCAAAAGUGCCGAAGCAUCAUCAGCAGUCGGACAUCGAACUAAUGGUGUCUCGUCCUUCACUGGUAAUAGUCCGUCCGCCAACUCGGUGCGAUCCAGCUACGCUCGCCGUCUCCUCGAACGGAAUCGACCAUGGGACAAGACGAGCCCCAAGCAAGAGACGGCGCCAAACGUAUCAACCGUAUCGGUGCAGCACGACGACCUCCCCCAAAGCAAGAGCGAUUCACCUGAAUCCAGAUUCAUUGAAGCGGGAAGGAGCCGUCGCCGCGUCAAGCAACCGAUAUCGUAUGCUGAGCCAUCUCUUGGCGCCAAACUUCGACAAGGAGAUGUCUACUUUCCGAAGGAAGAUCCUGGCACUCGGCCUGCCACUAAUCCUGUACACUUGUAGUCCAGUUCAUCUCUUUGUGUUUGGCUAGCUAGGAAUUCCCUACAUUAAAAGAUUUUCAAAUUC